AUCUUUGAUGUGCAAUCAUAUUCUUAAAGGCGGGCGCAUGAAUUCAUGUUCGUUCUAUUGGCCUAUACGGAUUUUAGUUGUAUUAUUAUCAUUCAAUAAUUCGAUACUACAGUAUUGUUUGCAGUAAAUAUAUUUUUAACAAAUAAAAUUGGGAAAUAGGCAAGUAAAAGGAUAUAUCUGAUAUAUAUUUGUACAGAUUUUAGAAAUGGAUUCUACUUUAAAUAUUGAGGAGAAAGAAAUUGCUACAAAAAUCGGAACCCAAAUAGAUUACGCUGAUGAGACUAAAACUAUUCCCCAAAAUAAUGAUAACCUCAAUGAAAAUCAAUUGGAAUCUUAUAUUGACAGUGGUUUUGAUAAGCACGUCACUUCAAGAGAUAAUGAAGAUGAUGACGAUCUAAAAAAUGAAGAAAGCGAAUCUGAAGAUUCAGAAAUUUCAGAAGAAAAAAAUACAACAAAUGUGGAAGAAAACCCAGCUACACUAAUUAGUAAGCCGUCUAUAGAUAUUACCUCAUCGGAUGUGGAGAGAACUGUUGACAUAAAAGACUCCGAAUCCAAUAACUCUAUUAUUAUAGAUGCAUCUAUUAAAACGGACCCAUCAUUAUCUGUGGAAAAUUUGCCCACCGUUUCUGAGAAUAAUUUAGAGUUGGAUUUGAUAGAUGGGAGUACUGUUGGUGAAAAUUCAUCGAAUGCGGAAAACGAAUCAACCGCUCUAGACACGUCGAACAUUCUAAUUAAAGGAGAAGAAGACAAAGCUAUCGAAGUUUGCAAAUCACAGUACACUAAAUCUUCGGAGGAAAAAAAUGUCAAUGACCCAACAUCCAUUGCAAAUGAUUUGUCGACCGGAAACACUAAAGCAGACCUUGUUUUGCUAAAUGAACCGAAUGUCAAUGACCAAACAUCCAGUGCAUCUGAUUUGACGGCAGAAAACAAUAAAGCAGACCUUAUUUCGCAAAAUAAACCUGAAGAUUUUAAUAGCCAAAUUCUGAACAUUAUAUCGGAUAUAGAUAUAAAUAUAAAAGCGCAGGAAAAAAUAACACAGCUAAAAGAACAAGAACUGAAGCUCAUUCAGAAACAGAACGAUCUGGCAAAUGAAAUCCAUAAGCAGCAGAUCCUAGCUAAGCAGCUUAGUGCACAAAAUCAGCUUGAACAUAAUGAUUGCCAAAGUGGAGAGCUCGACUUACACAGUCAAUAUCAAAAUGAGCGCGGCGGACCCACAUCGACACUGUAUCAGAAGAAUAUCGCCAGUAAAGAAUACGCUAAUGUGUCGAAAACGGUUGAUUUGCGAAAAAUAUUUACACCUGCGACCGAUGCUGCUGAAAUAUUACCGAAAAAUCGAAAGCUAUAUGCCUCGUCUGCAUUUUAUUCUCCAACACUACACCCUACAGUGGAAGACCAAGUCGAGCUAGCACGAAGAAUUUCACAUUCGUUAAGCGAUAUAAGUAAUCAAACAUCUAAGGGUCAGUCUAUGUAUGUCAAUCGCAAAAAACGCUCAGACAAAUGGGUUCAUGAAGGUAGAUCUCAAGGGAAUGAUGCUAUAAAUCCAUUUAAAGAAAAUUCUGAAACAAAAUCUACAAUGGAGGUUGCGAAAUUGGAAAAAAUACCGCUAAAGCUUAUAAUGAACCCAAACGGAAAAGUUCGUGAUUAUAAUUCGCUAAAAGAUUUAAUUAACGUUGAAGCUGGCCUUCUAUCGCCUGACAAUUGCGCUGAACUAAUAACUGCACUUCAACUUCAUCAAGGACGAGGUGCAGAACUUUUUGCAAAGCGCCGCAGAAAGGCUGAUAAUUGGGUAGUCGAUGAAUCCCAUUCAGGGACUCAAUAUCAUCCAUCUGGUAUUCCAGAUUUCCAGCAGUAUCAACAAAGGCCUGUUCUAAGUCCAAACAUUUUGCCGGCGUAUUCUGAUGCUGGGAAGCACCGCGUCCAAUUGAAUAUUCAUCAAAAUCAGCUAAUUGAGAAGUAUUCAAAACCAGGACUUCAAGUCGUUCAGUCUCCUUGGAAAGCAGCAUUGCAAACUGGUUCAGCGAGCUCAGCGUUUCUAGAGGAUACCAAGAGCUUUUCACCGCCUGCCUUAACAGCAAUUCCGUCUUCCCAAACUGAUAGUAAGGACUGGACGGACGCUAAUGAGCCCAUGCCUCAUGGUUCUUCAAGACGCCAUACAAAUGCUUCCUCGCCACGAUCAGUCAUUGUACCAUCGAAUCCACAAAGGGAUCUUGCAUAUACACCAUGCGUUGCUCAGGGCUGGGGCGGUCGGAGUGUGGAACUUCCAAAAGACUCUUUUCAAUCUAACGAAAGUCAAUCAUCAUGGCAGACUCAACCUCAUAUUGGGAGACCAGAUGACAGCAAUCCUAGCUUUACUAAUUACAUAUUUGGAGAGAGGCUGACAUCUAACUUUGCUUUCGAUGUGCAGAAUCGAUUACAUUCCCUCGAAAAUUUUCAAAAAUACUUCUUGGAGUACCAACGCCUUGAAAUAGAAAUUUUACGAAACAGGGAAAGUGCUCGUGUCUUACAACCCGAUGCUUAUGAAAGCCAUGUCGAUUUUACACCACAAAACGAAUUUAAAGUAGUAGGUGGCGAAGACCUGAAUGUCAAUUGCGACUUAGAUGAGAAGGUAAAUGUGCGUGAAUUAAUUCAAUCUUUUGAGAAACAAAAUAAACCGGAUCUAAGAGAUGUCGCAGCAACAAUAGAAGGCUUAUACGUUCCGAAAGAAAUAUCUCUCUCAAGCUAUGCAGCACCUUCACAGCAGCGUGAAAUUCACGGGAAACAUUUUGAAAGGCCAUACGAAGACACUUUAUCGCGCUCGUUUCCAAGGAACAACUUGUCAGCUAAUAAUAAUGUUCUUGGAAAUGGUGGUAUGGGUGAAUUUCCUCCAUCAAUGCCAAUUGCAACUGCGUUGAACACUGGAACACUAAAUCAACAGCCCUACUCACCGACUAGCUAUAAAAAAACAGUACCUGGGCUCGAAAAAGUUGAGAGUUUUGCUAGAUAUGAACAGCCUGAUAGGAAAAGAUUGACGAGUGGAAGUCCACAGUACCUAAAAGCGCUACAAAACUCUCAAGUGCGCAACGCAUCGCCAAUAUCUUUUGGAACUUCAUUAAAUGAACAGACUUCCUGGCCUCCAGGGUCUGUGCUGCUACAGGGAGGCUCUCCCUCUCCGCUCCCAAACCACGUGCAAACCUUUAACAAAUGUGCCAAGGGUUGGGGAUCAAUACCAGUCAAGCAAAAGUCCUAUUCAAGCCAAUUCAACUUACCUGGAAAUCUGCCGUACUCUGAUUUUUAGGUGUUGCUUUAGCAAAUAAGCGAUUUACGACAUAUGCCAAUUACUUACACGAUUAUAAAAUGUAUUUAAUGUGUUUGUUUAUUUGUCUUUGAACAUUAUAAUAGUACUACAUCGAAAAAUAUAUGCAGUUGUUUCAGCUUUUUCAA